UUUAAUCAAAAGAGGGAUGUGUACUACUCUUUACAGAUAUUAUUUGGAGUUUUGUAUAUGGUGGGGGCAGGUUUGUGCCUGUUUUCAUCAGAUACCGGGGCUCGGAUGUAUCUUGUUUACAUAAGAGAAGAGUCCCAUGUGAGGUAGAAUUACCUGGCUGCGUUCAGCAGGCGUGUUUAAUGACUGAAACAGGUGGUUUUAGGUGACGUAUUGGCAGUGAAAACACUUCUUGUGGGGAGUCAGGAUUACUUGUGUGGUGAUUAUUUUCCAUAACGUCUCUGUGUUGUUUUGAACUUAACCCGGCGUCUGAACUGUAAUGAGCUGAUGAGUGAGUGUGACAUAUUCAAAAAGCGUCCUGUUUGACUGGAUGAUCUCCUGAUGGAACCCCCUUCAUAUGAAGAGGCCAGUCUCCACCCUCCUCCUCUGAGUCCGGCAGGAUUUAACAUCCCCCCUCCCCCCUCCUAUGACGCCUCCCUCACCUCCCCUUCAACACCUCCUCCUACCUAUGGAGAAGCAGUUAUAUCACAGUCAGAUCCAUUUCCUGUCCUGACUGUGCCCACCACUGUGACCUCACCUCCCCAAAACACUGGAAACGUAGUCCAUCCACUUACACAAGUUGGUGUAACGCCGACUGUAAACGGCAGACAAACCCAGCCAGUAGUGGUUGUGACCCAGCCACCACCCGUUCCCAUCUCAGUGCCAUAUCUAAGAGACAGCCCUGGUCUGGUACGCUGCCCAUACUGCCACCACACUGUCACCACUAAAGUCACAUACGUACCUGGGAAGACUGCCUGGUGUCUGUGUAUACUUCUCUCACUGAUGGGGUUGAUCUGUGGUUUCUGUCUGAUCCCGUUAAUGGUACAUGGACUACAAGAUGCACAUCACUCCUGCCCACAGUGUGGAAACCAGCUGCACGUAUACACAAGAUGACAAUGGCAUGACACUUGACAAGGCUUGAAAUGUAGAGUGUAUUUAGGUGAUGGUAAGUGUUUAAUAUGUAAUAUAUAGAGUACAGAAGGAGCAUAAAGAUGGACAGAAGAGAAAUGGAUUAUGUUGCAAGUACAGUUUGAGAAGCUUCUGUGGACAUUUUUGUAUACUUAUUUCUGCUGUAAAAACUUGUCACAGUUUAAAUCUUUUUAACCAACUGGAAUUCAAACUCACUACAGCCACUUCACAUUUAAAACCUACCGCGGGUGAGAAUCCAAUACCAACAACUUAUAAUUUUUCAUUGUGAACAUUACUUUUCUAAUUAUAUUCUAGCUCUGUAGUUGACAUAUUUAAAAUUUUAGAACAUUCUUCACAAGUACACAAGCGUUUCUAAUAUGUGUAGAAGAACAUAAGGCAAAAAAACUUUGAAGUUGCAUUUGCAUUUUUGACAUUUUGUAAGAAUGUGUGAAGAUUAGGGAGACCAUAUUGAAUCCAUCACUACAGCAACAUUUAAUCAAAAUUCUGAACACAAACAAAAGUAGAGAGGACAUUUAUGACAAACAAGAUGUUGUCCAGUCCAGGACUUAGUCUGUAGCUCUGUUUUUGUUUUUCAUGAAUCUUCAUCAUUGUUUUUUUCCAUAUUUAAAUAUUCAAAGAACAAAACCUUUGUUAUUUCUCUCUUCCUAAUGCAGUUACAGCUAAUGCUAACAUUUUCUCAGUAUAAUGACGUGGAGGAAACUUGUCCAGGCUGUGAAUUCCAGGCAUGAUUUUCUUUGUUAAACUAAACAAAGCUUAUUGGGAAAGACACUGACAUAACACACUGUCAUUUCUUAUUCUGCAUAAUUUGUCUUUUGAAAGCUCUGCACACCAAUGAUAAACUCAGACAGGUGGCUUUAAUUACUCUCAUUAGACCGCUUCUUAGGUCUCUGUGUGGGCAUGUACAGACAAAUUACACCUUUAUCAUUCUUACUAGCACAUAGAAGUCAGUUGACCUGAUGUAAUUCCAGCAUAUUUCUCCUCCCAGCUUCAACUGCUGAGCAGGUCUGGUGAGAUAGGGUGAGUGAAAACACCUGUGUCGGUGUGCAGGGCCUUCAAGGUAAAAUCUGUUAUCCAAAAAUUAACAAAUAUUUUGCCCCAAAACAAAAAAGUUGUUUUAAAAAUGCUUCCAGAUUGAUUGACAUAAUUUAAUACAUAGAGCACCACAUUAGAGAAACUAAAUGUACAAUAUUAUAUUAUUUAUAUAUUAUUAUAUUUUUGUUUGCUGUAAAAGUUGUUUACAUCAGUGAAGUUUGCAUACAUUGUAAAAGACUUUCAUUUUGAAAUGUGAUGUUAUUAUGAAUAAAAUUAGGAAGUGUUAUUAUCAAUAGCAGCACACAAAAUGGUGUGAUCCUCAACUCUUAAGUUCAUAAGUUUAUCUUGUGAAAAAAGUGCACACAAUCUUAAUUAGUGUUAUGUAUACAAAAUGUAAAAUUUUUAAUUCAUUUGAUUAUACUCUUUAUCUUUUAGUUUUUCAAAUUUUAUUCCAUGUCAUAAAUUUGGCUUUAUGCCUUUACAUUGCUUUUUAAAGAUAGAAUAUUUUACUUUAUUUAAUGUUGAAGAGAAAAACACAGUGUGUAAGGAGUUACCUUCAUUUUUAUGAAUCUGUAUAUUAAGAGAAUAGUUUGACAGUUUGGGAAAAAUGCUUAACAGUCUCAUAUACUGUAUCUGUCUGCUAAAUAUGAAAAAGCAGUAGGGACUUUCUUGAGUCCUGUCAUAAUUUACUAUGUUUAUAAGUGUAAGCAGACAAAAACAAACUUCACUGUAUAAGUGUUAAUAUUUUAGUUUAUUUAGAUAUUAAAAGACAGAUUUUGUUACCUUUUGACAGAGCCAGGCUCGCAGUCUCAAUGCUAAGCUAACCGUCUCUUAGCGGUAGCUUCAUAUUUACCAGAUAGAUGAUGUAAGAGAGUAGGGUGUCGAUCUUCUCAUCUAACUCUCAGCAAGAAAGCAAAUAAGCUUAUUUCUCAAAAUGUUUAACUAAUCUUUUAAUACUAUACAGUAGACUUCAUGUUUACCAGAUACUGAAAACAGGGUGAAAGUUGUGGAUGAGGCCACAGCUGAGUCUAUGCACUGCAGUUCAAUGACUGAUUAAUACAUCUUCUUUAUAAUUACCAUUAUAAUGAUGUGUAACACUCACUCACUUUUUAGACUUUUUUUGUUGUCAUGUUAUUAUUUAUCAUUCUAUCAUGUUGAUAGGGAAAUAAAAGUGGUCUCGGUUACUUU